ACCCGCUCUAGCUCUUCUCAUGAUAUUUCCGAGGACUUUGAAGAAUCGCUUCAAGAGAGGGGGGCUGUCGUUUAACUGGUCUCUCUCCCUCAUUUCAUCAUCAACGUCAGCCCGCCUCGGGUGUCAGCAUACUCACUCUAGCAAGGCUAGACAUCUAAUACUGCAGCUACUUGUAGAGACUUGGCGUGGCUAACUCCGGCGAUGGAAUGUCUGGCAUCUCCCUCCGUCAUCCUCUCGGUUUCCGUCCUGUCCGUGCUGCUUGUGCGCGUUGCUGUCGGCACUAAACAGCCCAAAGACGUUCAGACUCUCUCUUCACCGAGCGCCAAAGAAGCGAGCUGGAUAUGGGGACAUGAGCGUACUCUAUUCUUGCACCAGGCUUGCGAGAAGUACGUCGAUUGGAUGCGCGAGCUUGGAUCCGUAUACAAGAUCAAAGCUGCGUUAUUCGGCCAGGAUGUGAUUGUGAUUGCUGAUAACGCAGCUGCCCAGCAUAUCUUCCAAUAUACAGACCGCUACACCAAAGCUCCGGCAUUCCGACCGAUUAUCGUAAAACUUCUCGGAAAGAGCCUGGUAUGGGCAGAAGGCGACGAACACAAGAAGCAACGCAGGCUGCUAGCCCCGGCUUUCACACCUGAGAGCGUUAGAGGAAUGUCCGAUGACAUCCUAGAAUCAGCGCAGAAGCUUGAGAACCGGCUUAUGAACAAGUUGGAGUCGGAGAAAGGAGAUAUGACCAUUAAUAUCUGUCCUCAAGUCUCAGCAUGCACUUUGGACAUCAUCGGUCGUGUCGCCUUCGGCCAUGACUUCCAAUCUGGUCAAUCGCCCGAAGCCAAACUCAUCACAGACUCCUGGAACAAAGACGUCAAUAUGGGUAUCUCUUAUGCAGGCUUCUUAGCACCCUUCGUCAUCGGCAUGUUUCCUUUCAUUGCUUCUAGCAUCGGAGAGGGUGUGACGAAAGGAGUAGUUUCGAGGUUGGCCGAUGUCAUCCUGGAGCGGGAAGAGAAGGAAGGCGGUGGAAAGGAGGAGGUAAAUGGACAUGGAGUAAAUGGUGGGCGGAGUGGGAAGGAUAUUUUGAGUUUGUUAAUGCAGGCGAAGAGGAGGAAUAAUGGCCAGGGUCUGUCGAACCGGCAAAUCGCUGACAAUGUUGCCACAUUCAUUAUGGUUGGCCACGAGACAUCCGCUGCUUCGCUGACGUUGACUCUACUCGACCUUGCCAGAGACCAAAACAGCCAAACCAAGCUCCGCAACGCAAUCGCCAGGCUAGGCGACGGUGAGCUCGAUUUCGAUGCUGUGCAGAAGCUUGAGUACCUUGAUGCAGUCGUGAGAGAGGGACUUCGGCUGCAUCCCGCUGCACCGCGUACAGACCGUGUGGCGCUCGAAGACGACGUGAUACCUCUCAACAUGCCUGUCCACACCUCGGAUGGCCGUAUUGUAAACACUAUACCCGUUAAAGCCGGACAGAUAUUCCAAAUCCCCUUCGCCGCCCUCAACGUUAACCCCGCAGUAUGGGGACCCGACAGCCAAACCUUCAAGCCUGAACGUUGGAUCGAAGAAGGUGGCGUCAAACCGGCAAGCGAACUCCCCCACGGAUGGGGAAACAUCACAACGUUCUGCGAUGGUCCGCGGAGUUGUAUUGGAUAUCGGCUUGCUGUAGCAGAGCUCAAGGUCAUCCUCGCCACGCUCAUCCGGUCGUUCGAGGUUUAUGAUACAGGUGCGAAAGUACGUACGGCGAUUUCGCCGACGUUGCAGCCUGUGACGGAGGGGAAGGGAGGCUAUCUGCCUCUGAGGCUGAAGGCUGUGAAAUAUUGAGGCGGUGUGUCCGUUGACCUUUCGUUCUUUUAUCUACAGUACAAGCCAAUGAUGCUGGAUUUUCGUUCUCUUCAUCAUUGCGAGCUUGCUCAAUUUACCAGCCAAAUAUCAUAUAUUCAUAUCGAAGUAGUUAUUGCCGAUGUUGUUGAUUUUAUCUGUAUGUACUCUGAAGUAAAUGUGGC